AUGGAUGUCCUGCAUGCCAUCUGCGCCAUUUCCAGGAGCCGGGUUGAUGGUCUGAUGGUUUAUAGUAGUUGUCGUGUGCGCCACCCGACGCGGCAACGGCUGGAGGCGCGGCGAGCAACCAAGCGCGAAACGCGAGGGCUGGUGCUGGCUUUGCGCCAGGAUCACCAAUCUCAACCCCAGAGCCGGCCGCCGAGGCCGAGCACGGCAUCGUCGUCAAGUUCUCCAGAAUUGGGGAAUAAUAAGCUCAAGCCACCUGCAUUUUUGUUGCUUACACUACCGAGACGCGGGGAUGCCCGUUACUGGAGCACAGAACCAUUGAAGCUCGGUACCGAGCUACUGAUUGAGGAUGUGCUGGACUGCUGGAGUGACAUGCAGGUUGCAAAUCCGUGCCUGCGUGGGAAAAGUCUCGAGUGGUGCCCACUUGAGCCACUGUUCGUGGAGAACGCCUUGCUGAGCUCAUGGUUCCCCAACCGAGCCGAGCACCCCCACCUUGAUUGCCCGGCCGGCUUUGAGCGUUCCGAACAGCAUCUCGCACUCGGCUCCCUUCUCAAUCCCAUCCUAUCCCUCGGGCGACUGCUAUGUAAUUCUCGAGCGAUGCGCCCCGAGCUUCGGCAGCAUGACGGAUGCCAAGCGCCAAGAGUGCCACAGCCGAUGGCGAUGGUGUUGCCGUCCAAGCUCCUUCACACCAGCCCAGCCCCCCAGAAUCAAAUCAUGCCCGUGCGGCAAACACUCGCCAAAACCAUCCCUGACGGCGAAAUCGGGAAAUCGAGACUGCAACCCAAAUCUUUCACAAUGGCUGCCAUCAACCUCUCCCUCGUCGCUCGCGACAGCUUUGCCCAGCUCGCCAAGCGCAGCGACUGGCCCCGCGAGAACGCCGGUGUCAUGGUCGUGUUCUGCGUCGUCUUUGUCGUUGCCGUCGGCCUUCUCGCCCUCUUCAUCUACAAGAAGAUGCUGGCCCGCCGCGAGAAGCGCCAAUCAACCGUCUAA